AUGGUUUUUGCUGUUGGGGCCAUGCGGAACUUGCGUGAUGUUGCCCCCUCUUCUACCCUGCUUGACGAGCUGGUGAAGAAGAAUGCCGACCUGAUUGACAAGCUCUCGAACGAGCAGAUUCGCCAUGACGUGAGGAUUUCUGAGAUGAAGGAGAGUAUGUCCACGCUCAAGAGUUCUGUUGGCCAAAGGAUGGUGAACUCAAGUCUCUUAUGGCUACCCUGCUCGAACGCAAGGAAGCCUACUUCUGCCUCGAACUUUAACACCCAUGUGGAAGCCACGGAGGCAUCCAAGCAUGAGAUUGCUGCUAAUGCGUAUAAUCUGGGAUACCUAGAUUGUCAGAAUGGUGCUUCUCCUUGCUGCCUUUUCGAAGAAGAUGAUGGUGAGCAGUCCUGUCUUGACCUGCCUCUCGCUCAGAGUGAGCCAGUCAAUGUUGUGGAUGCAGAAGCAGUUGAAAAGCAGAUAGCAGAUGAAGUUGCAAUGGAGGAAGACAAACCCCAAGGUGGGUCAACUGAUGAGGCUAAGGCAGAUGCGAAGGAGCAAGCAGCCGAGGCAGUUGAGCAAGUGGUGCUAGUUAAGCAGAGUGAGGCUGUUCCCAGCGUAGUCGAGGAUGUGAUCGGCCAAGGGUCACCUGCUGAAGUCCCCUAA